UAACGAUUCAGGGUGAUCAGAUAGUUAAUAAUAGAAGCGUAAGCCACUCUGUCACACUGGUUAUUUGAGGCUUAAUAUAUGUUUCAGUGUAGAAUUGAUCAUGUCACUGGAAGUUUAGACUGCUUAUUAAGGAUCUCAUAUGAAGUUGUCUACCCCUGCGGCGGCAUCUUUUAUGUCCAGAUCAGCAAAUUGAACAUCCAAGAAACAUCUCAAAAAAGCUGACAAACCGUUUGAAUAUAAUGUCUAGGCUUUGAGCAAUAUUGAUCUACAUGAUUUUAUACAAAAAAAAAAAAAAAAACACAUUCCAGAAAAGUCCAGUUAAACCGCUGUCCAGAAAAGUCCAGUUAAACCUUAAUCCAGAAAAGUCCAUUUAAACCGCAGUCCAGAAAAGUCCAGGUAAACCAUAGUCCAGAAAAGCUCAGUUAAACCACAGUCCGGAAGAGUCUAGUUAAGCCACAGUCCAGAAAAGCUCAGUUAAACCACAGUCUGGAAAAGUCUAGUUAAGCCACAGUCCAGAAAAGCUCAGUUAAACCACAGUCUGGAAAAGUCUAGUUAAGCCACAGUCCAGAUAAGUCCAGUUAAAUCGUAGUUCAGAACUCAAUGCGCGAAGAUCUGAGCCAUGGCUCAGCUAACGGAUCAACUGAUUGCCAUCAUUUCCAAAGCGUCCAAUCAGCGACAACUGUCAGAGCUAGAAGCCCAUAUUCCUUGGCUCAGGAAGCGUGUGGCUCUAUUUACAGAUAUCAAUGACAAUGAACUCCUGGACGUGGUCAAGUUCUGUCAGUACGUCACGUGCUCGGCAGAUGACGUCAUUGUCAGGCAAGGAGAGCAAGGAGACAGGAUGUACGUCCUACUUCGUGGGUCAGCCUCGGUCUACAUUGACCCAGCGAUGACUGGUGAGGAGUCCACCACGCUGGUCAGUGGCCUGCAGCUACAGGAGGAGAUAAAACCAGGGGGACUGGACAGGUCAAUCUAUGGACGCUUCAUUAUGGAAUACGGUGUUGGGGAGAGUUUUGGGGAGGCGGUUCUACUUGGUGAGGACAAAAUUAGAAACGCCUCUGUAAUUGCAAAUGAUGAUUGUCAAAUGAUGGUAGUGGAUCAGCUUCUCUUUGACAAGGCUCUAAAGUCACACGAGCAACAGAUUCAAAAUGAAAUUCUGAAUUUUCUGGACUGUCAGCCUUUCUUUGGCAGGAUGAGCUCCAAAUUCAAACGACUUCUGCAACUGAGUCUGAAGAAAGUUACCUUCCCUGCAAAUGUAGCCAUCUGCAAGCAGGGCAAUCUGGUUGCGUCCCUUUAUUUUGUUACUAAAGGUGAAAUCAGUAUUUGGACUGUACCUUCUUAUCAUCAGAGGCAGUAUCCAUACCUCGGUCUGACUAACGCAGGGGCGUAUCUACUGAGGCAUAAAUCAAAUGAUCACCAAGUCGGUAGUACUUCAUUAAGCACUGACCUGUCAACACAAUCAAAUGUUCAUUCACUUCGACGCAAAGAUGCCAUGUCUAGCAGUGAGAAGGACAAGCGUAUCAACCUGUGCAGUGUCCAGUCCGGGGAGGUGGUCGGAGACAUAGAGAUAGCCCACAGGCUGGACACUUACAUGUCCACAGUGAUCUGCACGUCCGAGACCACGGCCUUCAAGCUGGACGUCAAGAACUUAGAGAGGAUCGUAGGGAGAAGGAACCCAUACGUCAUGGAGGUCCUCAAACAGAGAGUUCAGGAAAAACUUGAGCUAAGGGCAGGAACUCAUGUCGGCAAGGAUGUUCCACUUUUGCAUUAUUUAAUGUCCCACAAAGCAGAAGACAGGCUGUCGUCUGCUCGGACACUAUCACCUAUUCACGUGUCCAAGGAACUGCCAAGCCGGGAUGUACAGAUUCAACAUCUUCUCAAUAAGUUUAUGAAGGGCCAGGCUGAGCUGAUUGAGCCCAUGGUCCCCGGGGCUCUCAUCUACAAGGAGCAGAUGCAGGACAGAGCCAGGAUCCGAGCAAAUAUCAGAAGGAGGACCACAACCCGGUCCAUGUUGGUCGAGGCUAAACGUAAAAUACAUCACCGCCAGCCUCGAAGUCGACGCGCUAUCAUGGCGACCCUGACCUUCAUGUCUGACAAGAACGCAGACAGCAAUUCUCAAACGGUUACCCACCUUAAAAGUCACAAACCUCCAGACAUCGACGCCGAUGAUACCUCAUCAGAGCGGAGCACAGAAAGGGACAACAUUCCAAAAGUGUCUAAACCUAUCAAUAAAUCUAAAGAUGGCGCCGAGACACAAGAGGGAGAGAACAGACUAGGAAAACAGGUGACGUUUCAUUUGCCAGAGUUACAUCCCUUGGACCAGACAACGGACUCUCGUGCCAAAUUGCGAGGUCAAAGUUUGGAUGCUUCUUCCAAUCAGCGAACAGCUCUUCAAGACAAUAAGCACAGUCUCGCAGACGUAGACAUGGCGCCGGAAGUAGCACACGGAGGGCAGGCAAAAAGCGCUGACGUUUAUCACAAGAAAGAGGUUCCAGCAACAAGUGCGUCGCCAACAAGGCUUCCCCCACUGGCCAAGCCAGAACUGAGGAAGAGGCCGGUGCAACCGGAACAAAGAGCUACUGAUGUCUCCACUGGUCAGCCUGACUUCUCCAUGGAUGACCGAGUACCCAACAGGUCCCAGGGAGAUACGACUGAAAUCACAGACUAUCAAACGUCGGACACGGAUUUAGACGACCUUGAGAACAGGAUGAAAACGUUUCUGGUCCUUCACUGUCAAGGUCAAUCCAAGAUGGAGAUCAAGUUACCAAGACUACGGCGUUAUAGUGACGUCAUUGAGACGACACGGAUGACGCCUGCUUUAAGGCCAGGGGGCAAAGUCUGGAUCAAAAGAAUGACCUGUCCGUUUUCUACGAGUUCAAUGAAGGUGACCAAUCAUCAGCAUAUACGUCAUCACAUGAUCCCUCACGUGACGGACAAGAACGACAACCUACAACAAGAAAUAGACUUCCGGCUUCAUCAUUAACCCUAUGAAUACUCUCAGAAAAGCACGCCAAAUGAUAUUGCUUUUAAAAUAUGUGCUGAAAUAGAAUCCAUGUUACUGCAAGACAUUCAGCUUCCCCUCCUACCUUGUACCCCCACUUACCUGAACCUACCCCUGAACUUGUGUCAGCCCCAAACCCAACGUUCUCCAUCACACAUCUCCCCUUCACCCUAGCCCUCAUCUCUUUUGUGAGUGUUAAUAACAAGGUAGUAGCUGCGAUAGAAUUGGUUUAAGGAGAUUGAAGUUGCAUAGUUUACUAGCCGGGUGUGACCCGCGGUCUGCUGGCCUUAGCUUGGGUAUUACUAAUCUAGUGGCUUGGAAUUUAGAUUAAUGUCAAACAUGACGAAUGUUCCUUUCACAUUUUUUAUUUUCUUCGCCACAAAAAUAAAAGUAGAGCGUGAAAAUGGGUUUACCCGUUAAAGCCGACAUAUUCAUAUCAAGUAUAAAAUACUGAAUUUACCCGAUACGUUAAAACACCAGACUUACUCAUAAUAUACAUGUGAAAUGUUUAUAUCAAAUAGUUGAUCAGAGUAAUCGUCAGGUUGUGUUAUAUUAACAGAAGUACAUAAAUAAAAACUGCAGUGUUUUAUAGUUCAAUCUUAUGUGUCUCUGUCUCUUCUAUGUCUCUGUCUUUUCUAUGUCUCUGUCUCUUCUAUGUCUCUGCCUACAAGCCAAACAUCAUGCGUUCUUGAAUAGAGCUAAAGUUAGUUGUUUUUUUUUUUUGGGGGGGGGGGCCUCCCCCCACUUCCAUUUGUGGGAGGGACAUUAAACAUACACUACGGCCUCCGCAAUGAUGUAAGGGACAUUUGCGCCAAGAUUUAUUAAGACUGGUCAAACGAUUUUGAUUUCUACGAGGGGCAUACAUACAUAUAUACAUACAUACAAACUCCUAACUUCAAAUAUAAAUAUUAGAUGACAGUUCUUGGAGUGUUUACUAUGCUUACAUAGUACUAGAUCUACACCCGAUGUUGUUUUAAGUUCUCAAUGCUAAUCACGCACAUAUUGUUGAUAUUGUUGGUAUUUCUUUCAAACUGUCUACAUUUCAGAAAACUAUUUUGUUGUUUGAUUGUCAUCGGCGAAUGUGUGCACCACUGACCUAGAUAAUUACACAUUUUGUGCCUUGACCUACUUUCGUGUGCCAUUCUAUUAACUAACAAACACCAAUGUAAAAUUUGUUGCUGCAUUAAACUUUUUAAAAUGUUA